GACAUGUCUCAGCCAACACCGACUCAAGAAAUAGUUGUUAAAGAUCUUCACGGUUAUGAAUGGAGAUUUAAGCACUCCUUUAGAGGUACACCAAAAAGGCAUACUUUUACAACUGGUUGGAGUGCGUUCGUGACAGCAAAAAAAUUGGUUAUGGGAGACUCUUUCAUAUUCCUUAGAGGAAAGAAUGGGGAGUUACGAGUUGGAAUACAAAGAGCAGCUUAUCAACAAGACAAUAUAGUUUCAUUGAUAAUUUCAAAACAGAGUAUGCACCAUGGAAUCAUUGUUUCUGCAAUGAAUGCUAUCACUACCAAUUGCGUGUCAAGCCAAUUUGUCGUCAAAUAUAAGAAGUAUAUGGAUGCAAUGAAUAACAAAUUCAAUGUAGAAUCAAGUUUUACAAUGAAGUUUGAGGGUGCUAAUUUUACUAAAACAAGAUACUCGGGGAAGAUUAUAAUCAAUACAAAUUAUUCCUCUCAUUGGAAAGAUUCUGACUGGCGAAGCUUAGAAGUGAAAUGGGAUGUGGCUGCAUCAAUUCCAAGACCUACUAAGGUUUCCCCAUGGGAAAUCGAGGCUUUGGCACCUUCAUCAAAUAUUAUCCAAUCACCUUUGCUAAAGAAUAAACGACCACGUCAUGUUGAUGAAAUUGGUUUAGAUAUGCGGAUUCCUACCCUGACUCAAGGCCAAGAAAUUGGACAGUCAAGCAGGAACUCUCCAAUGAGUAUUUCUCAGUUUAGUAAUUUUGAUGCAACCGAUUAUUCCAAGAUUUCGUCUGGCUGGGUAAUGAACUACUCAGUUCCUACCAUAACUAAGCCGAACAGUAAUGACCAAAUGGUUAUGUCUGUGAAUGAAAAGAUAACCACUGAUACAACAAGUGGUUACAAAUUGUUUGGAGUUGAUAAGAUGAAUCCACCAGAGACGAAAGAUCUCCUUGGACAAAUUGACUUAUAUCAAAAAGUUAAAAUUUCUAGAAUCUCCGAUGAAGAAAAAAUUGAACAAGUCCAAACUCCAGCAUCAUCAAAAGAUAUCCAAAGCAAGCAAAUCAAUUCUAGUAGAAGUCGUAUCAAGGUUCGAAUGCAAGGUGUAGCUAUAGGAAGAGCUGUGGAUUUAACUGUUCUUGAUGGAUAUACCCAAUUAAUUAAUGAACUAGAAUCACUUUUUGAUCUCAAAGACGAGCUGCGUACGCGCAAUCAGUGGGACAUAGUUUUUGUAGAUGAUGAAGGAGAUAUCAUGCUUGUUGGAGAUGAUCCAUGGAUUGAGUUUUGCAAUAUUGUGAAGAAAAUAUUCAUACGCUCCAAAAAGGAAAGUCAAGAUAAUGAGAUCGAAAAACAAAUUCUCUAAAGGUGGCUCAACACUGAAAACAACAACAAACAACAACAACUUUUUAAUUUUAAUUUGAUUUUCCACCUCUUUGCUUUUAUCUCAAAAUAAAUACUUUUCAGUGUUGUCAUGUUUUUCUAUUUCGUUUAUGUG